AUGUCCGACCCAGCGUCCCUGGUAGUGGGCGUGAUGCUAGGGCUGGCGGGCGUCAUAACCAACGUCGGCAUCACAGCAGUGCAAGCGCAUCGUCUCCUCACGGGAUCGUCCGACUAUGCCAGUAUCAUUGUGACCGACAUGAAAGACAAUAUAGCCACGUUCGCUAUCGCAAGAAUCCUGUGUACGGCUGCAGCAGGUCACCACACCUGGAGGGUACGGGAGAUGGCUGGAAUAAGCAGACGGCACUGGUUCUGCAGCCAUUUGAUUCUGAUAGUGUUGGCGUUUGUAGGCAUGACCGGGGCCGUCGGCCCUCAGAACUAUGCCUCACGGCAUAUCACCAAUUUGUCGAUCAGCAAUCUCGAUUCUUUCCAAACAUGGCUCCCAAUCCAAGGCGAUCUGUACAGAGGCUGGGUCGCUCUUUUGGCUGGAGGCAACAUCUGUAUCUGGGCAGCGCUAGCUGCCUUAAUCGUGGAACAACGGAAGGGAUUUGGUCAGUAUCAUGGAUUGGGAAGGAUGGUGUCUGGAAGCCUGCAAGUCUCGCCACGCUUAUUACCCUCGGUGAUAGUCGGGUGCGCUCUUCUCGUCCAGCUCUGCGCGAGCACACCCUCUCUAGGCAUGACAGACGCUGACGAUUGUCAAUGUGCCAUAGGGGGCACCUCCCGUACAACACUUCAAACGCUACCCGCACUGGCUUUGAUAUCCGUUCUCGGUCCUUUAAACUAUAGACGCUGUCUCCAAGCCAUUGUCGAAACAGCUACUGAGGGUGCGGACAAGCUGUCCGUCUCACACAUGACAGGCUCCAGCAUGUUCAAGAGCUUCUCUUACAAGGGACAACCGUGCGAUGAGGAAGGGGAGGGCAGUGUAAGGGUGACAGUGGAUACAUAUGUGGCUUCUCAUGUAAGCUCGUUAGCUUCCAAUGCCAAUACUCGAAACGGAGGUUUGCCUGUGACUUCACCCACACCGACACUGAUCUCAGAUGUCUUACACGGCGCAAUUGUCGAUGUAAGUUGCUGUAACCAAGUACAAGCGUGUGCUUCUCUGCGACAAGGCGAGACUCGUUCCUUCCGGACAACUGUCGCACCCAGCUUCAAAUCAGCAGUACCCAGCGGCAAGUCUGUAGCGAGGACCAAGUCUGUAGCCUCAAAGUCUGCCAAGUCUGAGAGUGUAGCAUGA